GCUACUUGGUUUUUACUUUUACUCGGCCCAACCUCCAUUGAUGUUCCCACCGUACAACUCGUGAUGCCAAAGGUACAAAUCUCUACUUACCCAUUUAAACAUCGUCUUCUUCACUGCAUUUCCAUCCACUGGCCUGUUUUUAGCUGGCUGAGCUUCCCAUAGAUCGCACAGUUCUGCUCCUCCCUUUUCCGUUCCAUUUCGAUCUUUAAAAAUCCAGAAGAUGAGCUCACAGAUUUGUAGAUCUGCUGCUCCGCGAGCCGCCAGGUCCCUUCUCUCUUCUUAUUCCAAGCAGUGCUCUCGCUCCAUUUCUGGAGGACGAGCAGCAGCAGCAGCUACUGCUGUCUCUCUCAGAGGAUUCAUACCUUCUCUUGCCUCGUUUGGUAGGGAAGAGCGGACAAAUGCCUCUAGAGCUUGGAUUUCUGGGGUCAUUGCUCUUCCUGCAGCAGCUUACAUGCUCCAGGAUCAAGAAGCACAUGCUGCUGAGAUGGAGCGCACCUUUAUAGCUAUCAAACCUGAUGGAGUGCAGAGGGGUCUGAUUGCAGAGAUAAUAUCCCGUUUUGAACGGAAGGGAUACAAGCUUGUUGCAAUCAAGGUUUUGGUACCUUCAAAGGAGUUUGCCGAGAAGCAUUAUCAUGAUCUCAAAGAAAGACCUUUCUUUAAUGGCUUAUGCGACUUCCUUAGCUCUGGUCCUGUUGUUGCAAUGGUUUGGGAAGGUGAAGGAGUGAUAAAAUACGGACGUAAGCUUAUUGGAGCCACUGAUCCCCAAAAAUCAGAACCUGGGACCAUAAGAGGUGACUUGGCCGUUGUAGUUGGAAGGAAUAUCAUACACGGCAGUGAUGGCCCAGAGACAGCAAAAGAUGAAAUCGGCCUAUGGUUCAAACCGGAAGAGUUGGUUAACUACACCAGCAACGCAGAAAAAUGGAUAUAUGGUGUGAACUGAUCGACCAACGCGUUGAUUAUAAAAAGCACACCACUUGCGGUUGCAGAAGACAUACGACUGGUGAGAGGGGAUUACUGGGUAAUUAUCAAAAUAAUACUCUGUUUUAUUUAACUCGGGGGAGCAACUUUCCUUCCUUUCCGGCCAAGUAUUUAAAAUGAUCACAAUAAUGAUUUCAUUUGUUGAUGUGAGGAGCAACAUUUCUUCUGGCAAACCAUUACGAAACUUUGUUAUACCUUACCUCCAACAAUAAUACAUACAUUGGGGUCUACUAAACUCAUUUUCAUAUUGGAUUAAUUCAGUAGUUUUCAGUUCAUUUUUGCACAUCCUUUUUCUAAUUACAAAUGAUCAUUACAUUAAAAUAAAUUAUGAGUUUUGUC